GUUCAUGCUAGGCUUAGACUAGCAACCAUGGCUGCUUUCGAUACUUCUGGUCUUUGUGAUGAGUGGGACCAAUGUGAUGAAGUCCGUGAGCGACUUCGACGUGGUGAAUCUCUGGUCAUUGCGCCCAAAAGCAAGGGGGCCGAUGCCACCAUCCCCGAAUGCACUCAAAAUAGCGAUCUUCUGUUUCCCCCGCUCCAUCGACUUUUCCGAUGCCAGUUGAAGCUUCCAGAUAUUUCUGGAUUACGUGAGGAAGUUCAAACCAUUUACUCCAAGAACCAGCGUGCCCCCCAAGAUGAUGAGAUAGACGAUGCAGCAUGGGAUCUCCGCAAGAUGCUUCGUCUCAUCAAGAGGAAGGCCAACAGGAAUGAUCCAUCUUUGGAUUUCAAUUUCCAAGAGAUGGUGCUUAUCCUCAAGCCCGAGCUUCAGGAUGCCUAUGGUACUCAGCAAGAUGGUUCCGACUCGGAUGACAGUGAUGAUGAUGAUGUGAUUGUUACUGCAAAUCCCUCGACUGAGCCCGCCGGAGCUUCAGCAACUCCAGUUCAGACACCUGUGCCCCCCGAAGCUCCUCGUGCUUUGAACGAAGUGCAGCCGGCUGUCCAGCCUGAGAGUUCCGAGGCUAUUGCAAGUGCUGCCCUUCCAGAAACUGGUGCAACAAUGUCACCAGCAGCCACGCCGAGCAAACCAACAUCGGAGAGCCCCAGCAAUGCAUGUUCGGUUCCUAACGAAGUUGAUCCUGCCCAUGAAGCAUUCCGAAAGCAUCUUUUGCUACAAGAGUUGGCGCAACGAAAGGCCGAGCUGGAAGCGCUCCGAGCGUCGAAGCAAAAGAAGGUGGAUGGAAACCUGGCUGCGGAUUCUGGCCGAGUUGUGACACGUGCCGUGGCCCCACCAGGACCAUGCAAUGUGGAUACGGUAGACACGCAGCCCAUGGAUGUGACGUCGCUCCCCAUUCCAGAAGUCUCUCCUCUGAAGGUCCAACAAGUUGAGGAUCCGGAUACCCUUCGAGCAAAGUUUCAAGUUCCCAAGGUCCCCAAGUCAGUUCCUGCCUCCGGCGAUGCGGAUGUUGCUGAUCUUCUGGCUCUCGCUGACCAUGCUGAGAAGGGUGUGACUCGUCGAGAUCAGCUUGCAGCAAAGCCGAAGAAGGAAAGGGGUCGGGGACGUGGCCGGGGCCGUGGUGGUCGUGGCGGUCGUGGCCAUGGACAUGGGAAAGAACCUGAGGUACCACAACUCACUGAUGCUGAGGUGUGGGAAGAGUACGAGAGGUGGGUGCUCGAUGAUGGACUAUGGAAGAAGGCGGAUGACGAUAACGAGGACAAGACCAUGGAGACUGAGAAGAAGAGGCCCCGAGUCAUUCAGGAAAAUGUCCGUCGGGUGGGUGACCAUGUCUGUGAGGCUCCAGUCCCCUCUUCCAGCAAGCCUGCCAAGUCAACCAAACAGAAGAAGCCGGAGAAUGAGGAGAUGCCUGAGACUGAAAUGGACCAGCAGCCCCGGAAGAAGAAGCACGCAGCCAAACCGCCUUCGAAGGUGAAGGCAUCACCAAAGAAGCCAUCGCAGAAGGUCAAGAAAAACAAUCUCAAAGAGAAGAAGGAGAAGAAGAAACGGGUGGUUGCCGCUCCAGCCAACCAUGACAAUGAAUUUGACGAGAGCAUCAUGAAAAAAAUCCUGAAGUUCACAAAGAAGAUCGACUACCAAGGGCUUGAGUGGGAUUCCUUGAAGGCCACUACUCGAGACGCUCUGCCAGAGUUUACAUUUUCCAAGUUGACAGUGUAUUGGACCCGCAGCGCUUGUGCCGUUAGCAUGUGGAGUUACGAAGCCGAAGCCUGGGUGGAUGUGGGCCACUUCUCGUUCAACCGCACGGGCUUUCAAGGCACACCAGCUUGCAAAUCAGUCGUUGCAGUUGCGCUGGGCUUGCAGCAUGCUCUGUGGGUUGAUCAAUACAAUGGUUGGAAAACUGUCGCAGAGUGCCGCGAGUUUGAGAACUUCUUGAAGGCCCAUGGUCGUGAAGCGCUGUACCGGUUGCACAACGUCGAUUGA